ACGAUUGUCAACCUCAAUUACCAUACACGACUUCGUCCGCGUCAUAUUCGGCACCUUGAAUAGAAAAGAACAAUUUCAUACGCAAUGAAUCCCGCGAGAGCAUUCCUUCCAAGGGCAUUGCGAACGUCUGCCCGCGGCACCGCAUCGCUGAAAAAUGCUAGCCCAUUCCGAAAUCAACGACGUUCAUUAAUACCGGCACCAUCAGCCAACUCUGGACCCCUCCUCGACCGUCGCGCCGACAGAGAAUUGCCAGCCCCAGAAUCACAAUUCCGAUGGGUUCGAACACUGCCCAUAUUCGCCGUCCUCGUCGGCGCCGCCAUGUUUGGAAUCUUCAACUACCAAAAGUCAUCAUCUAGUGUUGUGAGCAGUACGCUAUACGCAUUGAGGACUUCGAAGCAAGCUCGUGAGAUUUUGGGUGAUGAGAUCUAUUUCGCCCAUAAGAUUCCUUGGAUAAGCGGAACGAUGGAUCAAUUGCAUGGAAAAAUUGAUAUAUCCUAUUGGGUCAAAGGGACGAGAUCACAGGGAAAGAUGAGGUUCAAGAGUGUCAGGCCGGAUCGGAUGAGUUAUUUUCGCACGGAGGAAUGGAGUCUAGAGACUGAGGAUGGAAAAGUUAUCCAGUUACUGGAACCGGAUCAGGACCCAUUCAAGCUGUCUGAUUAGACAGGAAGGGGAGAAUAUACAAAACCUAGCGCCAUACUUGUGGAUCGAAACGAAUUCUUGUAUCAAUAAGGGUAAUGAACUGUGAGCAUGCUCCAAAAAUGAGUUCUUAAAAGCCCGACGCCCACCUCAAAAUACAUUGUAUAAUAGUACAUUUUAUAGACAUGAAAUUAAAAGCGAUAUACCAUGAAUCAUUCAGUCACAGUUUCCGCUUGAGGUUGAGACUCGGCUUUCGGCCAUGGUUUCUUGAGCGCAU